ACUUGCAAUUUUUAUUCCAACCGCCAGUGGGAGACGUCAGAGCUCCGUCUGCCACCCGCGCUUUCGUCUUCAUGUUACCCGCUAUCACAGCAAAGUGAAAAAAAUACAAUUACUGGCGAAAAAUGAAGAAAAUUUUUACCGCUGAACAAAUAUCGGACUGGUUCACUUCAGGGACCAGGUUUGCGAACAUUAAACUCACAGAAGAAGUGGCUGAGAGGAAGUCAGAUGAUGAACCAUCGUCGAAAGAGAGCAGUCCAGCAAAGAUUCCUGAGCAUGGCAGCCCAAAACCUGUGAACUCUGAUGGAGAGAGGCUGCAAAAACCAGAACCUGCAGUGCGUUAUGCUAAUCCUCCUCCACUCACAAGCUACGAGUAUCCAGACUUGCCCAUAGCCAAAAACAGACAGGAGCUGAUUUCCCUCAUAGAAAACAACUCUGUAGUGAUCAUUCGAGGAGCCACAGGCAGUGGCAAGACCACCCAGCUGCCACAGUACAUUCUGGACUAUUACAAUGAGAAAAAUGCCUCAUGCAACAUUGUAGUCACCCAACCACGUAAAAUUGGAGCCACCAGUAUUGCUCGAUGGGUUGCCAAACAGCGGAAGUGUACCCUGGGUAGUCUGGUGGGAUAUCAGAUUGGCCUGGAGAAGAUGGCAACUGAGCAUACCCGACUAAUCUACAUGACUACAGGAGUGCUGCUGCAAAAACUGGUUCAGGCCAAGUCCCUCACUGAAUUCUCCCACAUUUUUGUAGAUGAGGUUCAUGAGCGCACAUCAGAAAUGGACUUUCUCCUGCUAGUUUUGAGAAAACUCCUCCGUUCCAACUCUUACCACAUCAAGAUAAUCCUUAUGUCAGCCACCAUUAACUGCAAGCAGUUUGCUGACUACUUUGCCACUCCUAUUCGUGGCAAACUGAACCCAGCCUAUGUGUUUGAAGUGGAAGGGGCCUCCUAUGCCACUGAAGAUUUCUACCUGGAUGACCUCCACCACCUGUCUCCGUAUAGGACUGAAUCGUCACAUCCAUGCGACCCGUACAUCUCAGCAGAUAUAUACAAUCUUGCCAUCAGUCUCAUCCAGAGCUUUGAUGAACUGGAGGGCAAAAAUUCCAGCAAGGCCGAGAAAGAGGGGGGCAUGACUUUGUCAGAGAGGGGAAGUGUUUUGGUUUUCCUCCCUGGCAUACACGAGAUAAACUACAUGCAGGAGGCCUUGACCAAGCUGGUUCACAAAAGAUUGCAGGUUUAUCCUCUUCACUCCUCAGUGACACUGGAGGAGCAGAACGGCGUGUUCCUCUUUCCUGUUCCCGGAUACAGGAAGGUGAUCCUUUCCACCAACAUCGCAGAGAGUUCAGUGACUGUUCCAGAUGUCAAAUAUGUUAUUGACUUCUGCCUGCUCCGCCAAUUGGUGUGUGACCCAGAUACCAACUACCAGUCUCUGCAUCUCACCUGGGCAUCCAAAACCAGCUGCAACCAACGCAGAGGCCGGGCAGGUCGAGUGUCAAAGGGCUACUGUUACAGACUUGUUACCAAAGAGUUUUGGAAAAAGGAAAUCCCAGACUACAUGAUUCCCGAGAUGCUGGUUGCUCCGCUGUCCACUAUCUUGUUGAAAGUAAAGCUGCUGGACAUGGGAGAUCCCCGCUCCCUCCUCUCCACAGCACUCUCACCUCCCAACCUCUCUGACAUAGUUAGGACUGUGCUACAACUCAAAGAGAUGGGUGCACUGUCUGUGAAAAGUAAAAGCAGAGGUCAAAAUGAAGAUGGUGAGCUGACGUUCCUGGGCCGAGUGCUGGCUCACUUGCCUUUAGACCUGUACCUGGGGAAGAUGAUUGUCCUGGGCCACGUCUUUGGUUGCCUGGAUGAGUGUCUCAUCAUUGCUGCCUCUCACUCUCUGAAGAGCUUCUUUGCGAUACCGUCCAUGCAGCAGAUUGCUGGCCAUAGGAGCAAGCUGGCUUUUACCCGUGGCACACCAAGUGAUUCCAUAGCUUUCCUAAAUGCCUUCAAGGCAUGGCACUCAGCCAAGAAGAAAGGACAGCUGAGGCACCCAAAGGAUGAGCUGGACUGGGGAAAGGAGAACUUCAUUCAGAUCAAGAGGAUCAGAGAGGUUGCAGAGCUGUAUGAGGAGCUGAAGAAGCGUGUGUCCCAAUUUAACAUGAAUGUAGCAGAGGAAAGCCAGUUCUCAGACUACACCAGUGCACACAAGCAGGCAUUCAUUCUUCAGGUGGUCAUUGCUGGGGCGUACUACCCAAACUACUUUCUCCAGGUGGAUAUUGAUGAAGCCCUGGCUUCCAGAGAGCUGAGUGGCUUCAACCCCAGAACGACAGUGAUGUUGAGGAACCUUCCGCCGUACAGUUUCCUGUAUUACAAGCAGCUGCAGUGCCUGUUCCGCCUCUGUGGACAGGUCAAAGCCAUUUCCUUUGAUAGCUCCAGAGCAUACGUGGAGUUCUACAGGACAUCCUGGGACUCUGGUGUGCUGCCUGAAGUGUCUCUUGCCCUCCUGCUGGCCCAUCAGAGCCCUGCAAUGGAGCUGUCAGUCUACCCCAUUGAACAAAUAGAAAACUGUGCUGGGCACAGACACAUAACUCACAUGAAAUAUUCACGAGUGAAUGUUGACUUCCAGAGCCAGUCUGUCUGCCCAGUGGGAGUGGUCAGCAGCACCAUCGACCCCGCCAAACUACCCCCCAAUCGCUUGUUUGUGGUGAACAUCACAAAAGUGAUGGAGGUUGGUCAUUUCUGGGGGUUCCAAGCAGAUGAAGCCAGCUUGGAAAAACAGCGCCAACUGACAGCAGAGAUUAACACGUGCACUCUGCAUCCUUUAACUGUGUCGCUCUACCCCAACCUGCUGUGCCUGGCUCCCUACUCUGAGUUCAAUGAGCAGAGCAUGUAUUACCGUGCCAAGAUCCUACACAUGCGUGGCAACACAGUGGAGGUCUUCUUUUUGGACUAUGGAAACAAUGAGAUCGUUUCCUGCAGCAGUCUCAGAGAGCUGCCGUCUGAUCUGCUGUCUCAUCCUUUCCAGGCUCAGGAGUUCCAGGUCACUGGUAUGCGUCCUUCAAACCAGUCCAUCAUUCUGGGGAACCAGUGGAGCAGCUGCGCCCGAAACCGCUUCAUCAAUCUAGUGAAGGGCCAAUCUCUCAUCGUGUCCCUGUACUCCAUCCUCUAUGAUGUGAUGCGUGUGGAUCUGCUCAUCCACUCCGAGACAGCAAACACCAGCGUGGUAGACUUGCUGGUGGAAGAAGGACAUGCUGUGAAGGCUGAAGAGAGCUUUGACUCCAAGCAAAACCAUGAGGUGCUGAUGUCUCUGUACAAGGACAUGGAGGAAGGUAUAUAUGUGCCCAACUCUGUAAGCAGCACCUGGAGCAACCGCAAAAAAGAGGAGAAGGAGCUCAUCGACAGCCUGCUUACCCACUUUUCCAAGCAAUCCCAGUCCUAUUCCAGGACAAAAGUUCGUCUGCAUGGACCAACCAGUCCUCAUAUGAUGAGCUUCCACAGCUUGAGAAGCAACAUGCUUUACAAGACUGUAUGUAUAGAGAAGAACAGCAUCAACUCCUUGGCUCUGAAUGAAAACUCACAUUGCAAACAUCAGAGGAUGCUGGUGGCUGGGACUGUGUCAGUCAGCUCUGCAGGUACUCGUAUUCUACUGAGAGACACCUCCAUUUUGCCAGACAUCCCUGGACUGCCUGGACUUGUCAUGAUGCUCUUCACUCCCAUCAUGGAGCUACGCACUGAUGAAGAGAGAACCUGCUACACUGGGGCACUCUGUGGCUUAGGCUUCAACAGUCAGAAACAGGAGGCCAUCCUGCCUGAGCAUGACAUCGAACUGGCCUUUGAUGUGAAGUUUGAUGUUGACGACGUCACUGAGAUAAAUGCUCUGCGAGUGGCUAUAAACCACCUCGUGUGCGAGGGCCCCAAUGGCACUCUGCAUCUGGGGACUGACAGGAUCAGCCAGCUGCAGGAGGACUGUCGGGACCGCCUCAUCAGACUAUUCGCAAAGUCUCCGCCAAGGGAAGCCAUUGCUCCCCAGUUCUUUGAAAAACUGGGAAAAUGGAACCAGGUGGAUCCUUCUCUGAGGAUGGACAUCGUGGAGCCGGGAGGUGGAAAGGCCAGAGGCGUUCUCUACCAGCUACACCCUGUAACUCUACUCAACAACUAAAAAUGAUUGUUUAAGUAUUUAGAAAUGGUUUAAAUGUUGCAUUGUGAUUUGGUUAACUUCAGUUUUACUAAAUGUUGCAUUGUGAUUUGGUUAACUUCAAUUUUACUUGAACUGUUGUUCGGAGGAGGUUUUUUUUUCCCCACCCAAGUUUCAAGUCCAUUUUUUGGUGUAGCUUUCAUCCUAACAGGAAAAUCCUCCUUCCUUUCUUCGUUUACUGUUACUUAGAGACUUCCUGUUUAACUCGGUGGCUGCUGAAGUUCAUUGAUAAGACUCAGCCUUUUUGCCUUGUUGUGUUUCUGCAGUUGGUCAUUAAAAAUAGUUGUUUGCAACAGA